AAAUAGUUGAUCUUCUCGAAGCAUCAACUCUUCGUUUUGACAUACAACGAUCACUGUACAACACAAUGAGCGCACUCGGGCUUGACAGUAUAAACAUCCUUGCUGAGCGGUUGCUUGCUUCUGUCAGAAAAAAUCCUCUCUACUCAGGACUUAUUGGAACUGGAGUUCUAGGGUCUGUCUGGAUCAUUAAUGACUACAAUGAGUGGGUAGCCUUUGGUACUGGUGGUUCGCCGCCAAAUCCAUUUGGCUACUUCCGAAUGACUCUACUUCGAAUUAUGUUCGCAUAUCACAUACCGAACCAGACUAACCACAACACAAUUAGUGACGGGGAACCAUCCUACUUGAAAACUUCCAUCGCUCCACGUGCUGGGGGUGGUCCAAAAAUGAUGCCGCGAAUUCUACCCCAAAGACAAGUACCGGAGUUCAUCGACCCUUCGACCGAGAACUAUCUCAUGAAACUCGUCAACGAAAUCGGCCGCGCGCAUCCAGAUCUUGUGGAAGUGAAGCCAUCCGUCAAUGAAGGCAAAACUACCGACGGGAUAUACGCUCGUAAAGAAAACCCCAAGCUUAAUCCAUUGGUCUUGUCACAGCACAGACUUGAUGGUGAAAUUGCGCAUGCACAUCCAAAUGAUAGAAGCCUGCACGUUUGGCUGAGCACCUCGGACGCCCGAAAAGUCGUGGAAGCAGGUUGGGGUCGAAGAUUCCCUUUGCCAAUAGUUCAUGCUGGAUGGAUCAUGGUGUAUGCGCCACGAACUACUUCGGAAAUGGAAGUGAUUGAGCAUAUCGUUAAGGCAGGCGUGAGAUGGGUAACUGGUGUUGCUAUUUAAGACACGUACACAGGAUUGAUG